GGCUACUAGGCGCCUCCAGCGCUCAGCCAUCAUGAGUAACAAUCCCGGUGAGGGGCCCCACCACCCGGGGGAUGAAGAUUCGGAACCUCAGGCGGGGCCGUCGUGCUCGUCGGGCUCACACGGGCUAUCCGCCUUCCUAGAGGCGCCCCCUCCGAGGCUGACAGUGACUCUUACCCCGGAGAGCCUGGAGAUUCUCCAGCAGGCAGAUGCCCUGGCGACCAGCGGCAGUCUCCACCAAGCCUUUGAGCUGUACCAGGUUCUUUACCAACGGCGGCAGCUGAUGCCCGAGCACCUCGACACCCUCGUGCGCUGCCUGGCCGAGAGCAUCCGCAACCGAGAGGGCUUCCUCGAAGGGGAGUCGGAGCUCAGCGAGAACGAGAUGCCCGAAGAAGAAGAAGAAGAAGAAGAAGAAGAGGAAGAAGAAGACGAAGACGACGACGACGACGAAGAAGAAGAAGAGGAGGAAGAAGAAGAAGAAGAAGAAGAAGAAGAAGAAGAAGAAGGAGGAGGAGAAGAAGAGGAAGAAGAAGGAGAAGAAGAAGAGGAAGAGGAAGAAGAAGAUGAUGAUGAAGAGGAAGAUGAAGAGGAAGAAGAUGAAGAAGAAGAACAAGAAGAAGAUGAAGAAGAAGACGACGACGAGGACGAAGAGGACGACGAGGACGAAGAGGAAGAGAUGGAGGAGCUGGCGGCCGAGGCGGCUAAGUACUUGGCGCCCUGGGAUGGGUUCCUGUGCCGGAAAUGCCUCGGGUUUCUGGCCGAUCCUGUGUCCCUAACCUGCGGACACACCUUCUGCAAAGUGUGCCUGGAAAAAGAACGCCCCUGCACCCUGUGCUGCGUCCCGGGAUCUGCGGUCUCUGAGGUCCCCGGCUGCAGUGGGGCUUCCUCAAGCGGAUCGGUGCCGCCGCCGCCGCCGCCGCCGCCGCCGCCUCCUCCCCAGCCGGUGCCGCCCAUGCCGCGCCUGCGGGUCAAUGUGCUGCUCAGCAACUUGCUGACCAAGUGGUUCCCGGGCCCAACCCAGGCAUCGCGGCUCCGCCACGAAGGCAACCGCCUGUACCAGGAGCACAAGCCGGAGCAGGCGCUGGAGAAGUACUGUGAGGCGCUCGACCUGGCUCCAAAUGACUUCUUGCUCUAUAGCAACCGAUCUCAGAUACAUUCUAUCUUGAAACAUCCAGAAGCUGCAUUGCAUGAUGCCGACAUGGCCUGCAGACUCCAGCCACAUUGGCUGAAGGGUCACUUACGCAAAGGCCAAGCCUUAGCCCUCUUGGGAAACACAGCAGAAGCCCUCAGGGAGUUCCUGUUCUGUGUGGCAUUGGAUGAGGAUAACGUCAUGGUCAGAACUGAAGCCGCAAGGCUCCUGUUCAGCUUGUUCUCGCCUAUCCCUGGGAAUACCCAGGAGCGCUUAGCAAGCAGCCUUCAAUUGGAACCCAGUGGCUGUAUAGAAAGGGGUUGUGCUGUGCCUUCCCAGCCCUGUGCAAUUUCCAACAGAGAUGAACCUCAACUUCCAGGAUUGGUUGAGGAGAUAGAGAAAGUCCCUCCUGUUCAGGAGGAGGUUCAGGAGGAACCAAACCUUCCUAGCUGCAGUGGAGUGAGGAGACCAGCCACAGGGGUGGUACACGGCAACGAAUGUAUGAGGGAGAGAAGAGAAGGGAAAGCCAAGGAGGUAGAAAAGCGGGCUCCAGUUCUCAGGUCCAGGGAGAAGAGACAGGCCUCAAUGGUCGAGGCCCAGGAGGAGGAGACACAGGCUCUGGAAGCCCAACCCAAGGAGAAGAGAAAGGCUACAAUGAUUGAGCCUGAGGAUAAGGAGAGACGGGUUCAGGGGACUCAUGUUAAGGCCAAGGAGAAGAGACAGAAUAAAACAGUUGAGCCUGAGGAAGAGGAGAUUCAGGUUCUUGUGAUCCAUCCUGAGGAGAGACAGACUCUGGUGGUUCAGCCUGAGGAGGUAAAAGAGGACAUACAAGCAGUGGUGGUCCAGCCUGAGGAGGAGGAGGAGGAGAUACAAGCUGUGGUGGUCCAUCCAGAGGAAGAGGAGGAGGAGGAGAUACGAGCUGUGGUGGUCCAUCCAGAGGAAGAGGAGGAGGAGAUACGAGCUGUGGUGGUCCAUCCAGAGGAAGAGGAGGAGGAGAUACGAGCUGUGGUGGUCCAGCCAGAUGAGGAAAUACAGGCUGUGGUGGUCCAGCCAGAUGAGGAAAUACAGGCUGUGGUGGUCCAGCCAGAUGAGGAUAUACGGGCUUUGAUGGUCCAGCCUGAGGAAGAGAUACAGGCUGUGGUAGUUCAGCCAGAUGAGGAAGAGAUACGGGCUGUGGUGGUCCAGCCAGAGGAGGGGGAGAUACAAGCUGUGGUGGUCCAGCCAGAGGAGGAGGAUAUACGAGCUGUGGUAGUCCAACCUGAGGAGGAGAUACGGGCUGUGUUGGUGCAACCAGAAGAGGACAUACAGGCUAUGCUGGUCCAGCCAGAGGAUGAGAUACAGGCUAUGAUGAUCCAGCCUGAGGAGGCAAUACAGGCUAUGAUGAUCCAGCCUGAGGAGGCGAUACAGGCUAUGAUGGUCCAGCCUGAGGAGGCAAUACAGGCUAUGGUGGUCCCGCCUGAGGAAGAAAUGCAGGCUAUGAUGAUCCAUGUUAAAGAAGAAGAUAUACAGGUUCCUGUGUUCCAGCCCAAGGUGGAAGAAGAAGAGAUUCAGGCAGUAGUGGUUCAGCCUAAGGAAGAGGAGAUAGAGAUUCCUGUAUUCCAGCCCAAGUUAGAAGAGAUAGACCUUCAAGAUUUCCACAUUAAAGAGGAACCAAUAGACAUUCCAGAUUUCCAGCUUAAAGAGGAGCCGAUAGACAUUCCUGAAUUCCAUUUCAAGCAGGAGGACAUAGACUUUCCUGAGUUCCAGUUCAAACAGGAAGAAGAGGAGGGGGAGAUAGAUUUUCCUGAGUUCCAGCUCAAGGAGGAAGAGGAAGAAAUAGAUUUUCCUGAGUUCCGGCUCAAGGAAGAAGAGGAGGAUUUAGACUUUCCUGAGUUCCAGCUCAAGGAAGAGGCAGAGGAUUUAGACUUUCCUGAGUUCCAGCUCAAGGAGGAAGCAGAAGAUUUAGAUUUUCCUGAGUUCCGUCCCAAGGAGGAGGAAGAAGAUUUAGACUUUCCUGAAUUUCAGCCUAAAGAGGAGCCACUGGACAUUCCAGAGUUCCAGAUUAAAGAGGAACCAAUAGACAUUCCAGAGUUCCAGAUUAAGGAGGAAGUAGAGGAUGAGGAGAUACCGAUUCUGAUGUCCCGGCCAGAAGAGGAGACACUGGCUCUGAUGGCCCAGUCUAUGGAGGAAAAUAGACAUUCUUUCCUGUACCACCCUGAUGAGAGGCAGGCUUUCCUGUACCACCCUGAUGAGAGGCAGGCUUUCCUGUACCACCCUGAUGAGAGGCAGCUUUUCAUGUACCAUCCUGACGAGAGACAGGCUUUCAUGUACCAUCCUGACGAGAGGCAGGCUUUCCUAUACCACCCUGAUGAGAGGCAUAUUUCCAUGUACCAACUUGAAGAGAGACUUUCCAUGUACCAGUACGAAGAAACACAGGCCUCAACAUCCCAACUUGAAGAGAUACAGGCCUCCAUGUCCCAGCUUGAAGAAACACAGGCCUCAGCUUCUCAGUCUGAAGAGAUUCAGGCCUCCAUGUCCCAGUUUGAAGAAAUACAGGCCUCAACAUCCCAUUACCAAGAAGGACAUGCCUCCAUGUCCCAGUUUGAAGAAAUACAGGCCUCAACAUCCCAUUACCAAGACGGACAUAUCUCCAUGUCCCAGUUUGAAGAAAUACAGGCCUCAACAUCCCAUCUCCAAGGACAGGUUUCCAUGUCCCUGUUUGGAGAAACACAGGUCUCAAUAUCACGGCCCCAAGAGAGACAGGCCUCAGUGUUCCAUCUUGAAGAGCUGCAGGCCUCACUGUUCCAGUCUGAAGAGGAACAGGCCUCCAUGUCCCUGCUCGAAGAAACACAGGCCUCAACAUUCCACCUUGAAGAAACACUGGCCUCAACAUCCCAACCCCAAAAGAGACAUGCUUCAGUGUCCCAACCCAAAGAGGGACAGGCCUCACUGUUCCAUCCUGAAGAGAGACAGGCCUUUUUAUUCCAGCCCAGUGAAGCUUUUGUGUUCCAGCCCAAUGAAGAACACGAUUUUAUGUUCCAUCCCAAUGAAGGACAAGCUUUUGUGUUCCAGCCUGACGAGGAACAAGCCUCUAUGUUCCAGUCUGAUGAGGGACAAGCUUCUCUGUUCCAGCCUGAUGAGGGACAAGCUUCUCUGUUCCAGCCUGAUGAGGGACAAGCUUCUCUGUUCCAGCCUGAUGAGGGACAAGCUUCUCUGUUCCAGCCUGAUGAGGGACAAGCUUCUCUGUUCCAGCCUGAUGAGGAACAAGAGUCUGAGUUCCAGCCAGAUGAAGAACAAGAGUCUGAGUUCCAUCUAGAUGAGGGACAAGUUUCUGAGUUCCAGUCCGAUGAGGCACAAGUUUCCAUGUUCCAGCCUGAUGAGGAACAGGCUUCUAUAUUCCAGCCCGAUGAGGGACUAGCUUCCGAGUUCCAGCCUGAUGAGGAACAAGCUUCUGAGUUCCAGCCUGAUGAGGAACAAGAGUCCAAGUUCCAGCCAGAUGAGGGGCAAGCUUCCAUGUUCCAGCCUGAUGAGGAACAAGCUUCUAUAUUCCAGCCCGAUGAAGGACUAGCUUCCGAGUUCCAGCCCAAUGAAGGACAAACUUCUGAGUCCCAGCCUGAUGAGGGACAAGCUACUGAGUUCCAGUCUGAUGAGGGACAAGCUUCCGAGUUCCAGCCUGAUGAGGGACAAGCUUCUGAGUUCCAGCCUGAUGAGGAACAAGCUUCUGAGUUCCAGCCUGAUGAGGAGCAAGCUUCUGAGUUCCAGCCUGAUGAGGAACAAGCUUCUGAGUUCCAGCCUGAUGAGGAACAAGCUUCUGAGUUACAGCCAGGGAAGAGACAGGCUUCAAUGUCCCAGACCAGAAAAAGACAGGCUUCAGUGUCCAACACCAGAAAGAGACAGGCUUCAGUGUCCCAGACCAGAAAGAGACAGGCUUCAAUGUCUCAUCUCGGAAAAAGGCAGGCUUCUACAUCCCAACCUGGGAAGAGACAGGCUUCUACUUCCCAGUCCAGAAAGAGACAGGCUUCUACUUCCCAGUAUGGGAAGAGACAGGCUUCUGUGUCCUUUUCAGAUAAGAGACAGGCUUCUACAUCUCAGCUCAAGAAGAAGAGACAAGCUCGAGUAGCCCAGCCUAAAGAGGAGAAGAAACAGGUGCGAGUGGCCCAGCCCAAGAAGAGAAAGGCUCCAGCAGCCCAGCCUAAGGAGAAGAAGAAACAGACUCCAAUGACCCAGCCCAAGAAAAAGAGACAAGCUUCAGUUACCCAGCCCAAGAAAAGGAAACCAUCUCCAGUGACCCAGCCCAAGAAGAGACUAGGACGGGUGGUCCAAACCAAGAGGAAACCAGGUCGAGUGGUCCAAGCCAAGAAGAGACAGGCUCUGGAAACCCAGGCCAAGAAGAGGCAGUCUCAAGUGGCUCCAGCCAAGAAGAGACAGACUCGAGGAGCCCUAGCCAAGGAGGAGGAGGAAGAAGAGGGGAACAAGCAACCCAAGACACGUCAAAUGCCAAGACGAAAACGCUGCGCAUCACAAUCCUUAGACUCUGAAGUACCACGCAAGAUUCAUAAGAAAGAUACACUCGAGACUCGGGAAACAGAUCGUUCUCACAAUGUUCCUUUUCAAUCUUUUGACCCAACUGACCUGGAUUGCCCUCUCUGCAUGAGGCUGUUCUAUGAGCCUGUCACCACCCCCUGUGGACACACCUUCUGCAUGAAGUGUCUUGAAAGAAGCUUGGAUCAUAACCCCAAGUGUCCCCUGUGCAAAGAAGGCCUUGCAGAGUGUGUGUCUGUGAGGAAAUGCAGCAAAAAUUUACUGAUGGAGGCGAUGAUAGCCAAGUAUCUGCCUGAUGACCUCAAGGAGCGCAGAAGGAUUUUCGAGGAGGAAAUGGCAGAACUCUCCAACAGCCUGAGUAAGAAUGUGCCUAUCUUUGUGUGCACCAUGGCCUACCCCACUGUGCCAUGCCCCCUACACAUCUUUGAACCCUGCUACCGCCUUAUGAUUCGAAGAUGCAUGGAGACCGGCAGCAAGCACUUUGGCAUGUGCAUUGGCGACUCCACCAGAGGGUUUGCAGAAUACGGUUGCUUGCUGGAGAUAAGAAAUGUUGAGUUCUUUCCUGAUGGCCGCUCCGUUGUGGACAGCAUUGGUAAGAGGAGGUUUAAGGUGCUCCGGCAGAGCCAGAGGGAUGGCUACAACACAGCCGACAUCGAAUAUGUCGAGGAUCAGAAGGUUGAAGGAGAAGAGUACCUCCGGUUGCUGAAUCUGCACAGCUCUGUGUACGAUCAGGCACUUGCCUGGUUCAAUUCGCUCCAGCAGGCGCUCCGCAGCCGCAUUCUUGGUCACUUCGGACCCAUGCCGCCUAAAGAUCUUGACCCACAGGUCAACCCCAAUGGCCCUUCCUGGUGCUGGUGGAUUCUGGCAGUCCUACCACUUGAAAGCCGAGCUCAACUCCCCUUCUUGUCCAUGCAGUCCCUAAAGAACCGCUUGAAUGGAAUUCGUCGUGUCCUGAUGUUUUUGGCCAGCAACCAAAACCCAAAUCAGGUCCAGGUCCAUGUCCAAGAUGAAGAUGAAGACCAAGAUGAAAAUGAAGGGCUAAAUGAGGGCCCAAGCCAGGACCCAACCCUGGGUCCAAACCAGGACCCCACCCCGGGUCCAAACCAGGACCCCACCCCGGGUCCAAGCCAAGACCCCACCCCGGGUCCAAGCCAGGACCCCACCCCGGGUCCAAGCCAAGACCCCACCCCGGGUCCAAGCCAGGACCCCACCCCGGGUCCAAACCAGGACCCCACCCCGGGUCCAAGCCAGGACCCCACCCCAGGUCCAAACCAGGACCCCACCCCAGGUCCAAACCAGGACCCCACCCCAGGUCCAAACCAGGACCCCACCCCAGGUCCAAACCAAGACCCCACCCCAGGUCCAAACCAGGACCCCACCCCGGGUCCAAGCCAAGGCCAAGACCAAGGCCAAGGCCAAGGUCCAAUUGAAGGCCAAGGCCCAGACCAGUGAAAUCCAAGAGAUGAAGAGAAAGGAAGGGAUUCUGCUCUGCUCUGCUUUCCCUUCCCAGGUGGGGGGGUGGGGAAUUUCUUGUCACUGUCUUUAAUCGCAAUAUUGUCUUAAUUGGUGGUCAUUAUUAACCUCAGGGGGAGUGUUUAAGCAAGGUGUCCUAAAUAACACCUGCUUAUGGGUUUAUUCUACUUGGAAAACCCUCAUUCCUGCCUCCCCCCCAUCUUCUCUCUUCUCUCUUCUCUCUUUCUAUCUGCAAUUGUUGACAUGCUGCAUUGCUAAAUGAAUGGCCUAGGUGUUGUUCUAGAGCACACAGUGAUAUUGUUUGCCUUCAAAAGUUCAGAAAAUAGCAUUUACAUUUCAGAAAGAAUGUUUGGUCUUACUGUGAAACAAUUGAUGUUGAUGAAUUUAUUUUGUUGACCCAUGUUUGGUCUUAUUCCAAAAGCUUCUGGUCGAAUUCAGCUAAUGUUCACUACUUCAUUCUGUUCGAAUAAUUUAUUUUCGCACAA